UGAUACUAUGUUGCAACAUAAGUUGUAUAAAAUUCAUACUGUGUGAUUGUGAGUGGAUCAGGAAGUAAUUAUGAAUUUUAAUAAAUUAGGACAAUGCUAUAAAUUUAUUUCUUUCAAAUCAUUACAUCAAAGUUCAUAUGUUAUACCAAAACCAUUUAUUUAUGAUAAAUUCUUGAAAAUUGCUUCAUAUAGCAUAUUUUUUCAUGGUAAUCUACAAAAAACAUUAAAAAAGGAGCCUUUUUCAACCUCAAUACUUCACAAUACAGAUGUUAAAACCAUGUCUGGAGGUGAUAAAAUUUGCCUUAACGUUGAUUAUAAUGAGAUUCUAAAAGCUCAAAAUGAUAGUAGUGUUUUAAUCAUCGAUGUCAGGGAAAAGGAAGAAAUUGAUGAAACUGGAAAGCUACCUGGAAGUAUUCAUAUACCAAUGGGAGAUGUUGCAAAUACAUUGUUGAGCUUUUCUGAGAAAGAUUUUAAAGAAAGAUUUAAGAAAGAAAAACCUACCAAAAAUACGAAGAUCAUAUUAAGUUGUAGAUCUGGGAAAAGAAGUGGCAUGGUUCAAGAAGAAAUUCAAAAGCUUGGAUAUGAAAAUGCAUACAAUUAUGUUGGAGGAUGGCUAGAUUGGGAAAGCAAACAGAAAGUAUAAGCUAUUGUUAUAAUUAUUUUUACAUGAGUAGAUAUAUUUAUUUAUAAAUAUUAGUAAACACCUAUAUAUAAUUUCCUAACUUACAUAAAUAAACUUAUUAAAUGUUUA